UUAGCAACGACUGGCUUGUAAACAAACAUGGCUGUGAAUGUUAAAAUUCGUGAAAUUGUCUUUUAGAUUGUCUAUUAAUUAUGUGAACAGAUAAUCAUCCUGAAAUGUUCGUAUUAGUGUCCCAAAACUUUGUUGUAGAUGAAGUCAAGUUUUUUUUUAGGUAAUAUAGUGGAAUUUUGAAAUUAUGGCUGACGAUCCAAAUCGAGACAUUUUGCCUGUGAGAGAAGGUUCUUGUGUGGAUUCUUGUCGCAGUAGUAUAGAUCCCAGAGAGCGACACAUUGUAUUUAAGCUCGAUCGUUACCAACUGGAAGACAGAUAUUUACGACUGCUCGAUGAAGCAAAUAACUUAAAAAAAUUAACAAACUGUCAGGAAGAUAAGAUCAAACGAUUGACAACAAAGCUGAUGAGAGUAACUGGCAAUUCAAGAUCAUGCACAAUUGCCUUAGACGUUUAUGAGGAUAAGAAUAAAAUAAUCACUCUUGAACUUGAGAACUCCAAGCUGAAAGAUAAAGUCUCGGUGCUAAGAAAUCAAUUGCUGAGUCAUACAAUAACAGGUAGAUCGUCAUCAAGAAGUCGUAAUCCCCAAGCGAGGCCUUCGUCUGGACGCACAACAUGCCGAAGUGAAAGCAGCCGCACUAAGAUACCAUCUUGUCACUGUAUUGACGACGACAAUGCGCGAUGUAAUCUCAAUAAAAUCGAGGAAUUGGAAGCGCAGAAGAAAGAAAUGUCUAAUCGGAUAACUGAACUAGAGGAAGAAUUGUCUACUUAUACAGUCAUGAACCAAAGGGAAAAAGUAGCAGAGAAUGUUGAGUACAUAAGAGUCUGGCGACAAAUGAAGCAACUGAAUGAUAAGCUAAUAGCCACUGAGAACGAGAACGAGUCGUUGAAUGCGCAAAUCAAAGAUUUGAAGAGGGAGCUUUACGAGAAGACGAAGAACAACGAAACGAUUACGACGGAGCUCCUGACAGAGAAGAAACGAGUGGCGGAGAUCGACGAACAGAUGUUAAAGGCAAAGGACUCUCAACUCUCGCUGCGAGAGAAGGAUGAGCAUAUAAAGGACCUGGUAAACGAGAUGAAGAUAUUGCAGCAGCACAACAGCGAGCUCAUCGACCUCAGCUCCAAAUAUGGCGAAGUCGAGCUUGAGAACAAGGAGUUAAAGAAAAAAGUGACGGAGCAGCUUCACGAUCAAGAAACUUUGAAAACCGCUUUUAACACCGAACAGGCUAAUAUCGUGGCGCUGAAAACAUCGAACGAACAGUUACUCGGGAAACUCGAAGAACUACAGAAGAAUAUAGACAGUUUAACGGUACAGUUAACGUGUUUUCAGACGCAGACGGAAAAACAGGAAACGACAAAGACUACGCCAAUAUCGACGAAACAACCCGAGACGAAGAUACCAAUGAUAAUCGACAGAUGCGAAUCGCGCAAAGAUGCCAGCAUUCAAGUGGAAAAAUGCAAUAUUCUUCGCAAUAUUCAAGUGGAAUAUUGCGAAGCGCUCGAAAAGAUUUUUGAGUUGGAUAUCGCUAGGAAAGAGCAGAAAUGCAAAGGAUGUUGCGAACCAUCAUCACAUGUAGACACUACGAAUACAAUCCAAAAAUCUGUUAAAUUGAUGGAUAGAUCGGUGCAGACAGAACAUGAAUCCGGCGUAACCACCGUAGACACGAAAGUUCUGCAGAUUAUAACACCCAUAAAAGAAACAUCGAAAAUGGAAGAACCACAAAUUGCGACGCAAAGUACAGAUCCUGCAAUAGUUACAGAGAAGUAUUUGACUCCAGAUAAAAUGCUGAAACUUCUGGAACAAGCACAGAUAAGCACAUCUACGGAUGCAGCGAAAUUUAAUCAGAAACACAUGGCUACCGAUGCCGACUACAGUGACGUGAUGGAUCAGAAUCAGAGACACAGGCAAGUUGUCUCGCUUGAGAAACUGCUCUUCGGUGACUCUAAUUAUAAGACACUGUGUUACAGUGACAUAGGGACACUUGUACAAGGAAUUCAAGAAGCCGCAGCUUUUCAAGUCGGUCUCCAGCAGCAAAAAAAAGACAAUGCUUCUCAGUCAACGGAUCCUAAUACAGUAUUAUCCGUAUUGUUUAAUAUUCUUCAAGAGUAUACAUACAUGAUACCUCAUGAAGCCAACACUCUGUAUCGUGCAAUUCCACCGAUUAAGUAUCAAUUCGUGAAAGACAUCAACAACAAUAAUACGACAUUAAGCAGUGUUGCGAAGAGUUCGAUUCGAUCUGGUUGUAGCACAAGAAAAUAUUGCUCGAAUCCUUACAGUAAACAAGAAAAGCCGAAGAGAAAAUUAUUACCCAAUGUGCAGAGUUAUAGUCGGCCGGUUAAAGUCUCUGAUGACAAUGAUUGUACUUGUAGCAGCUUACUGAGGUGCAAUCUAGAUACACAAUGUGACCGAUGUUGCUGUAAUUCCACUAAACCGCUUACGUGCCACUUCAACAAUACGCAAAUGCAAUGUAAAGGACAGGCAAUAAAGAACAAGAACGACUUGAUCGACUCGAAGGCACCUUUACACAACGAUUGUCUCGCAUCUACAAGAAACUGCUAUAUACCAAGAACUUCAGGCGCAUUGAACAUUUCUCGGGACGACAAAUCUGGUCCGUACAAAUCCCCGGAAACGCGUGAGACUGUGCAGAACAGAAAUACCUCUUCCACCAGCAAUAAAUCGUUACAGGAAUACAUCAAAUAUCUAGAUAGGUAUAAAACUCGUACUACGAACAUUUAGGUGAAUGAAAUCGUGAAGCACGUGCAAGAUAUUGACUCGAUACGAUACCAACCUAUACAUAGAAGACCUAAAUCUGAGGUCCAGAAAGUAGACUCUUCCUGCAGUGCCGAUUGUCCAAACGAGUGUGUCGAUACUACGAGUGCCUUUUCUGAUUCAUUUCCGUUAGUAAUCGCGGAUGGUCAGGGUCUGGUGGAGCUUCAUAUCGUAUCCUUACAGCUUUCCACGUCCGCUAAGCAGAUCCUUUUCCGAGAAAAGGACAUUAGCAACGUGUUGUUGUUCGUGAGUUGGAACAUUUGGAAUCAAGAUACAACCUACACGCCCACGCUCAAAUGUCCCAAGCUGAACUUCAAUUCGUCGUUCGUCUAUCGAAUAUCGGACCUAUUCUCCUUCUUCAACUACAUUCUUCUAGAACUCGUGACCUUCCAAGUGAACGUGUUUCACGACAACGACAACUACAUGGUAGCCAAAGGGAAGCUUUGCAUCAAAGAUAUAUUGGACUAUCCACAAAACAAACUUCACUAUAUCACACCCGUGAACAGUGUACUCCCUUGCUCGAUUGGAAUGAAUUUUGGUCAAUUGUCUCUAUGGGUCAGACUAAGCUGUGACAUCGAGCAAGUAGAAGCGUUCAAAAGAAGAUACGGUAUAAUAUCAGAACCACCGCUGAAAACGCUCAUUCCAGAGAAACCGCCGGAAACGCUGAUUCCAGAGAAACCGCUGAAAUCGGAGGAAGUUGUUCCACCAAAAGACGAUCCGUUGAUGUUGAAGGAUGAAAAUUCCAAAAUAGAGUAUAGAGAUCCGGGAAAAUUGCCUGAUGUAACAACGAUGAGCAUAAUCGAGCCUACUUAUAUUGACGAAUCAAGUGAAAAUUCUACUGAUGUCCCUUUGUCGACAACGCAGUUUAAGCAUGACGACGCUUCCUUCACCGUGGUGAAAAAGAGCGUAGACGAAACUGACAAUUUAGAUUCGAACGGGGAACUCCAUACGGAUGAACAUAAAUCUACUUUUACGGUUAAGUGGGAUGACACGCUCGAAAAAACCACAGAGAACGAGAUUGUAGAGAAGUAUUGCAUUUUUUAAAAAACAUUAGAUAGAUUUAAAGACAUGAUUUUGAAUAGACCGAAGCCUACGAAAACUACAGAGAAGUCAAACGAAGAAUCUGAUAUGGGGAGACCAAGCGUGGUGGAAUUUAAUGCUUUCCUCUCAAACAGUAAAACCGAUGCGCCAGAGCGGACAAAAUCAGCCGAUUCGAUCUCCGAGGUGACCAACGUGAUCGCAGAUAAAAACUGGCAAGAAUAUAAAGAACGCACUUCGUUCACUUUCAAGGGCAUGUAUAACAAUUACUCGCUUACGGAAGACUUGUCAUCUGAUUAUAUUGUUGAUGAUAAAGACAACGACCUUGGAAAGGACUCAAUUAUCAUCGAAAUCAUGAAUUUGGUUUUAUUCCCCAAAAGCACCGUAAUGCAGAAUCCAGAGUAUCAGCUCCUUUACAUCGAAUAUUGCUUCCUGGGUUAUUGUGGAGCUGACAUGGAAACGGUUUCAGUGAAGAAACCGCAACCACCAAACCAGAAGUUAACAUAUAAUUUUAGAAGAAAGUUUCGAGUACAUGAAAACAAGUACCCGUUGCAAAAUAGGAUCUUAUGCGCGAUGCUGGAUCAGUCUAUUAACUCUAACAUAAAGUUUAUUGUCGUAUGUGAACCGCUUCCUGAGGAAACGGAUACGAAAGAGUGCGUGGAAGUUGGGUUCGCUAAUUUUAAUAUAAGGGACUACGCGCUAGGAAGUGGUGAACGGAUCAUGUCAAUCCCGGUGUAUACUCCAGACACUACGGAACAAAUUGGUCUGCUGAAGAUCUACGUGUUAGGCUUCGAUACGAUACAUCAAUAUUUCGGAAGACGCGAAUCGAUAUUAUAAAAAUAUUUGUUACAUUUUUUGAAAACGUGUAAAACUAUGGUCAUUGUAAAAUUAAAAAUCUAUAAACGUCCAACCAAGAAACCAGGGAACUUGUAAAUCUACAAUACCGUGAUAAA